CGCGCCGGCGUGCGCGCCGCCGCUCCCUCCCUGCCUCUCUCUCUCUCUCCCGUGGUAGCAGGAGCAGCGCGGGCGGCGGGGCUGGAGCGUGGCUGAGGCGGCCAUUCGCACAGAGCGAGAGAGAGCGCAGCGUGUCCCCUCCCCGGGCUCAGUCGCGCACAGGAGAUGCCCUCGGCUACCAACAGCACCAUGGCGAGCAGCACCACCGGCACCAGCACCGGCAAAGCGGGACCGGGCGGCGAGGCCGCCCCGGCGGCGGCGGCCCCGCAGGCGGCGGCGGGUGUGAACAUCACCACGGUGCAAACCGAGGCCAUGAAGCAGAUCCUGGGGGUGAUCGACAAGAAGCUGCGCAACCUGGAGAAGAAGAAGAGCAAACUUGAUGAUUACCAGGAACGAAUGAACAAAGGAGAACGCCUGAAUCAAGAUCAACUGGAUGCAGUGUCAAAAUACCAGGAAGUGACAAAUAAUCUGGAAUUUGCUAAGGAACUGCAGAGGAGUUUCAUGGCUCUGAGCCAAGAUAUCCAGAAAACAAUAAAGAAGACAGCCCGUAGGGAGCAGCUGAUGCGAGAGGAGGCUGAGCAGAAGCGUUUGAAGACCGUGCUGGAGCUGCAGUUCAUUCUGGAGAAGCUGGGGGACGAUGAGGUGCGCAGCGACCUCAAGCAGGGAUCCAACGGGGUGCCAGUGCUGACAGAGGAGGAGCUGACCAUGCUGGAUGAGUUCUACAAGCUGGUUUACCCUGAACGAGACAUGAAUGUGAGGUUGAACGAGCAGUAUGAGCAAGCAUCUGUUCACCUGUGGGACCUACUGGAAGGGAAGGAAAAACCAGUUUGUGGAACAACCUAUAAAGCACUGAAGGAGGUUGUUGAACGAAUUCUUCAGACCAGUUACUUUGACAGCACCCACAACCACCAGAAUGGGCUGUGUGAGGAAGAGGAGGCAGCACCUGCACCUGCAGUCGAAGACACUGCAGCAGAGGCUGAACCUGAUCCAGCAGAAGAAUUCACUGAACCAGCUGAAGUUGAAUCAACUGAGUAUGUAAACAGACAAUUCAUGGCAGAGACUCAGUUCAGCAGUAGUGAGAAGGAACAGGUAGAUGAGUGGACAGUUGAAACGGUUGAGGUUGUAAAUUCCCUGCAGCAACAGACACAGGCGACGUCUCCUCCCGUCCCGGAACCUCACGCGCUCACUGCUGUGGCUCAGGCAGACCCCCUGGUCAGGAGACAGCGAGUACAGGACCUCAUGGCACAGAUGCAGGGCCCCUACAACUUCAUGCAGGACUCGAUGCUGGAAUUUGAGAACCAAACGCUUGAUCCUGCCAUUGUAUCUGCACAGCCCAUGAACCCAGCCCAGAGUUUGGACAUGCCCCAAAUGGUUUGCCCUCCAGUUCAUGCUGAGUCAAGACUCGCCCAGCCUACCCAAGUUCCUGUGCAACCAGAAGCCACACAGGCUUCCAUGUCCCUGAAUGCAGACCAGACCCCAUCCUCAUCAUCACUUCCCACUGCAUCCCAGCCCCAGGUGUUCCAGGCUGGCUCCAGCAAGCCUUUGCACAGCAGCGGAAUCAACGUCAACGCAGCUCCAUUCCAAUCCAUGCAGACAGUAUUCAACAUGAAUGCACCUGUUCCUCCUGUGAAUGAGCCAGAAACCCUUAAGCAACAAAACCAGUACCAGGCCAGUUACAACCAGAGUUUCUCCAAUCAGCCUCACCAAGUAGAACAAUCAGAUCUCCAGCAAGAACAACUCCAGACAGUGGUUGGUACCUACCACGGCUCCCCGGACCAGAGUCACCCGGUGGCAGGAAACCACCAGCAGGCUCCUCAGCAGAGCUCUGGGUUCCCCAGGAACAGCCAGCCUUACUACAACAGCCGGGGGGUGUCCCGGGGGGGAUCCCGCGGGGCCCGCGGCCUCAUGAACGGCUACAGGGGCCCGGCCAACGGCUUCAGAGGGGGAUACGAUGGCUACCGUCCUUCCUUCUCCAACACUCCAAACAGUGGCUACACACAGCCCCAGUUCAAUGCUCCCCGGGAUUACUCAAACUACCAGAGGGACGGAUAUCAACAAAAUUUCAAACGUGGCUCUGGACAAAGUGGACCUCGGGGAGCUCCUAGAGGUCGUGGAGGGCCCCCCAGACCAAACAGAGGGAUGCCUCAGAUGAACGCUCAGCAAGUGAAUUAAACACAUUCACAGGAUUGCCCUCAACGCCAAAAACAUGCUGGCCAGUGUACAAUACAUGUUACCAGAAGAGUUACUAUCUAUUUGUUCUCCCUUACAGGAAGUUUGUUGUAAAGGGACUAUUUUCAUUACCCAUAAUGACAGGACUACAGUUGCCAGCUUUAUAUUCCCUGGAUAUUGAAAGGAACGAAACAACGUUUACUCUGCAUGUUCUGUCCUAAGCAUCAUCUUGAGCCUUGCACAUGAGAUUCAGAUUCCUCACCCUUGCUAAGAAUAAAGCAAAAAAAAAGGCAAUUUUCAGGGUGAUCCAAUCUCCAUGGUUAACUGAAGUGUCAGGAAAAAGCAAAUACUCACUUCUGACAUUUAAAAGCGAUUUAACAAAAUUCAGAUGAAAUCUGCAAAUCCGUAAAGAUUUACUGUGGCGGCAGUUGACAAAACUUAAAUGUUCCCAUGAAAGGAAGGAAAAGGUGAAGUGUGGCUUGGUAGAACAGCUGCACUUCAGCUUUUUCUUCUUAAAUCAAAGCACUGAGCAGUUGAAGAUGUGUAGUGAUGCAAUUGCCCUGAAUAGACAGGUGGGCUUAGAGGCAGUUUGUGACAAAGAAGAGGCCCCCUUAGCUGCAGCACUCCUCAUCACCAGUGCCCUGAUUCCUGUGGCUAAGGAGUUAAGAGCGCUUGCAUAACUGCUAAUGUAACUGUGUAAUUUUUUUUUUUAGGAGAAAAGGCGAAAAAAAAAAAAAGGCUUUGAUUUGGCACUUGGACAAAAUUUUGCAACGAAUCCUGAGCUAUAAUCUGGAUGGCCACUGUAUAUUUGAUGUGAAGUAUUUAGAUAUCUCUUUGAAACACUUUUAAGUUUCUUUGAUAGCAAUGACUUUUGUAAGGAUUGGUAUUCUCUAUCAUUCCUUAUGACUUGCACAUUGUCUGUCACUAAUACUUGACCUUGCUGUAUUAUCACCUAAAUAACUGAUGCCGGUACUGAUGGAAAUCCCUCCUGGAUAAUCAUAACACUUUUGGUCACAUGUCCUUUUGUCUUUCCUGCAGCCUUGAAGGUUUUAAGAAAUCUCAAAUGCCCGCUGCUGCUGCCCUUCCAGUUGCUAUCUUUUGAAAAGCACCAGUCUGUGUUUGAGUUGAUUUCCCCUUUUCAGGGAAAUGACAGCCAGCAGUUACAGUUCUAAUGGUAUAAGCAAGAUAAAUAAAACAUGUUUAUAAAAAUUGUA